CUCACCACAGGAUCGCUCUUAUAUACUUCCGAGUCCUCCCACCCACUGUGGUGUUAUUAAUACAAUAAACGGGCUUGAAACUAACUAAUUUAGAAAAUUGCCAUCUGUAAUAAAUAAUGGGCCUGCAAUCAUCUCAAAACCCUAUGAAUUUCGGCCCAUAUGGAAGCUCACACGAAUGGUUUGGUUUGACUUUUUGACCUGUAUAUGUAAUGUGAACGUACAAGUACAACAAUUAAACUAAACAGCGUGAAUAAAAAACUUUAUGACAACAACUAAGAAGAGAAGAUAGACAAAGGGGUCUUGAUUCUCGAAGAAGAAGAGAAGACAUGGCAGUAUAGUAUUAGAAAGGAAAGAGAAUCAGCUAAUGAGUCUGCCUCCACAGACGAAAGUGACGAUACAUGACUCAUCCACAAAGACUGUAUAGUUAUGAAUUGGUUUGGCUAGCAAUGGCGGAAGCCGGACCAGAAGGUCGCACACGCACUCGUUGUCCAUUUGCUUCAACCACUUGCAGCACUCUUGUUGCGCAAACGUCUCUUCUCUGUGUCGAUGAUGGUGGCGGUGGUGGUGGCGGUGGUGUCGACGGCGGUGUUGAUCGUGGCUGUUGUCGUCAUUGUUGUGGUGGUCGGCGUCAUGAUUAUGGUCGUGAUUGUUGUCAUUGUGAUCAUUGUCAUGGUCAUGGUUAUGGUCAUGGUCAUCGUGAGCACGGUCAUGAUCGCGGUCACGGUCACGGUCGCGGUCACGGUCACGGUCACGGUCACGGUCAUCGUCGUCAUGGUCGUGAUCAUCGUCAUGGUCGUGAUCGUGGUCAUCAUCGUGGUCAUGGUCAUCAUCAUCAUCGUGGUCAUCGUCGUGGUCGUGGUCGUGGUCAUGGUCAUGGUCGUGGUCGUGGUGGUCAUGUUCAGGAGGCGGGGGAGCGAUGGGAGCAGGAGGUGGGGUAAUGGGGGCAGGUGGUGGGACAGUGUGCAUUGGGAGACGUGAGCAGGCGUAGUUAGCUAGGGCGUAUUGAGACGCGCAUAGUGGACGUGGUGGUGGAAUCUGUAUCACUCUCUGGCCUCUUGUGAAAGAGGAGAGAGCGAGAGCCAGAGUUACUGCAAUAAAAAGUGUAUCCAUGGAGAGAGUGUGUGUGUGAAGAGAUAUCUUAGGUGUGUCUCUUUAUAUAUUCAAAGUCGAGGAAGGCACAAAGAGGGCUGCAGAAGGAUUUUAGGUGAUAUUGCGUUAUCCAUUUCAUUUGCGUGACCUUGGUGUUAGGUUGUUUGUAGAGCUUUCUUUCAGGAGAGUGUUUCACAUUGGUAUAACAACAAGUCUUGUUCCAAAUUCCACAACCAAUUAAAUGACUAAAACUACAAUUAAUAGCUGCAACUCCAAAUGCGUGACCAAAGAAAUGUAAUUUAAAACUUGGAUUGAUCAAAAGAAAACACAUGAGAAGAAGAUAAAGAUUUAAGCGUUAAGCGUUGAUUGAUCCUAAUCUACAAGAUGAUUCCUGCUUUAAGAUCUGUAAAGAUCAUAUACUCAAACAAGUCUACACAGCAUC